AGUGCCUGUAGUAGAGAAAAUUCGCCAAAGUCCGUGAUGUGAGGAGAGCUGGUAUUUGCUAGCUUCCAACUACUGUUUCUCCCCUGAGGUUUUUAGAACAGCCACUCUUAGACUUGUCAUGGAAUUAAAGAAAACUACAUCCAGGGUGUACAAUGCUGCUCUCCUGCUGCCACUUUUCCUCUUAUUUUGGGGAACUUCAUACUCUGAAGAUGAUAGCAGCUGUUCCUCAUCCCCAUGUGAAAAUGGUGGGAGCUGUAAGGAUUUGGAAGUGGGUUACCGGUGCACCUGCCCUAUGGAGCCUGUAGCCUACAUGGGCAUAAACUGUGAACUCCUCUAUGACGCAUGCAUUAAACAUGACUGUCCUGCCCAUAGGAUUUGCAACGGGACUCCAGGACUCCUGGAAUAUGAAUGCAUCUGUAUGCCUGGCUUCACAGGUAUUGAUUGUAACAUUAAUAUUAAUGAGUGUGAGAGCAACCCUUGUAAAGAUCCUCGUUUUGAAUGUGUAGAUAGUGUAAGUGGAUACACCUGUAAAUGCCAAACAGGACUGAAUGGAGAAGGCUGCCAAACAGAAAGCUCUGUGUGCUCUAGCCACCCCUGCCUAAAUAACGGGACAUGUGUCGAGGGUCCUGGGGACUAUACCUGCAUCUGCCAGCCUGGCUUCACCGGGGCCAACUGCAGAGACAACAUUGAUGAGUGCGCCUCCAACCCCUGCCAGAACGGAGCCAUCUGCCGAGACAGGGUGAAUGAGUAUAGCUGUUUCUGUGUGCCUGGGUUCCAAGGAUACAACUGUGAAAUAGACAUCAACGAGUGUGCAUCCCGGCCCUGUAAAAACAAUGGCACCUGCCUGAAUGAGAUGGAUCACUAUUUGUGCAAGUGCGUCCCUGGCUACACAGGUGUGAACUGUGAUGCUGAAAUAGAUGAAUGUGAUUCAGACCCUUGCCAGAAUGGGGCCCUGUGCAAUGAUCAUGUUGGGUUCUACACCUGCACCUGUGCAUCAGGUUACCAAGGAAUCCAGUGUGAGGUGGACAUCAAUGAAUGUGUGAGCCAGCCAUGUCAGCACAAUGGGACAUGUCAUGACCUCAUUAACAGCUACCGUUGUGACUGCAGUGACACAGGCUUCGAGGGGGACCACUGUGAGUUGGAUAUCCUGGAGUGUGCCUCUGAACCCUGUCUGAACAGUGCCACAUGCGUGGAGGGAAUCAAAAACUACAGCUGUGCCUGCUGGCCAGGUUACACAGGGCAGCACUGUGAAGAGGAUGUGGAUGAGUGUGCGACAGAUCCCUGUCACAACGGAGGUGUAUGCUUUGAGCGAUCCAACCAAGCCUAUUAUGGAACACGACCUGACUUCCCCAGUAAUUUCAGCUAUAGCCAAGCAGCUGGUUUCCUCUGUUCAUGCCAGCCAGGCUUUGCAGGGGAGACCUGCUUUACUAACAUUGAUGAGUGCGGGUCCCAGCCGUGUCAGAAUGGAGGGCUCUGCGUGGACCUUAUUAAUGGCUUCCUUUGUCACUGCCUACCAGGUUAUUCAGGUGUGGAAUGUGCUGUUAACAUCAAUGAGUGUGAGGAGGGUCCCUGCAAGAAUGGAGCUGUCUGUGAGGAUGGCAUUGCUGACUAUACCUGCCACUGUGCCCCUAGCCAGGAUGGCAUUAUAUGGGGAGGGAAGAACUGCUCUGUCAAGCUCACUGGGUGCCAGACGCACGACUGCCAAAAUGAGGCCUUGUGCAUCCCAACCUACCAAGCUGAGAGCCACGGCCACCUGUGCCAGUGCCAGCCUGGUUUCUAUGAUGCCACAUGCUCAACACCAACAACGUUUUCCUUUGCUUCCAGAGGGUAUCUCCUCAUUGAGCUGCCCGUGAACAAUCAGAGCAGGAGGGACGUAGCAGAUCAGCUUGCCAGCGUGUCCCUCCGGUUCCGAACCACCUUGCCCAGCGCUAUCCUUUUUUACCAAGGCCAUGAAGCUGAAUACUUGUUCCUGGAGCUCUUUGAUGGCAUUCUGCAUGCAGGACUGAAGAGGGAGGAUGUUGAGUACCCGCUGUUCCUGGAGGGGCUGAGAGUUGAUGAUGGCCAGUGGCAUAAAGUUGAAGUUGUUCUGCACAGCACUAUGCAGCUAAAGCUCUGGCAUGACUCUUGCGAUGCAGGUGUCUGCCUGCAGAGCUCUCCUGUCCCACAUGGCAAUGCUUUGAUCCUGCAUGCCUUCCUGAACAUGUAUGUGGGAGGUGCUGAGGAUCCAAUGGCCAGCAACACGCUGAGCCAGCAAGGCUUUGUCGGCUGCCUGGAAGACUUUCAGGUAGAUGCUGAAGCGGUGCUCCCGGUGGAUCUGCCUGUGGGCGAGUCCUCCCCAGUGAAGCGGGGCUGUGACCGGACAGAGUGGUGCCUCUCCCAGCCCUGCUUUCAUGGCGGGCUGUGCGUGGACCUUUGGGCAACCUUCAGGUGUGACUGUUCCAGGCCUUACGGAGGCCCCGCUUGCUCAUAUGAGCGCCCAGCAGCAACAUUUGGCCUCGAGAAUUCCACCAGCUUUGCCUCUUUCACCCUUUCUGAUAGUCUUGGUGCAAACUUCAACAUCUCCUUUUUCAUUCGUAGUCGGAAACCUAACGGUUUGCUAUUGCAAAUCAGCAACGAAACUGACCCUUGCCUCACCAUAUACUUGAAGAAUGGCAAGCUGAAGAUUGAGAUGUUAUCUACAGAUACUGUGACGUUUCCAGAAAAUUUAGUUGAUGGGAGAAGACAUUUGGUAGCUCUGUCUUUCCAAGAAGGAAUUGUUGGUGCUCACCAAUCAGACACAUACCUGGAGCUAGGACAGCUCGUAGCAAGACCUCUUUUAGCUGGUUAUGAAGUGUAUAUUGGUGGACAUCAUAAUGCAGACAGCGCUGAUAUGUGGGGAGGCUAUUUUAAAGGCUGUUUGCAAGACAUCCAACUGAACAGCCACCAAAUAGAUUUUUUUCAAGUUGAGAACUACAGUCUGCCACAGGAACUCAAUAGGACUCAAAAUGGUAAUCUUGUGGAUGGUUGCAUCUCUGAUAACACCUGCAAGUCUGAACCAUGUCAGAAUGGUGGCAGAUGCAUUGUCACUUGGAAUGAUUUCCAUUGCAGCUGUCCAGCAAAUUUCACGGGGAAAUUUUGUGAAGAAAGAGUCUGGUGUGAAAGUGACCCAUGUCCUGAAGCUACCACCUGUAUAGAUGUUGUAGCAGGAUAUGUGUGUCUGGCUAAUGCAACAUUUGAUAGUUAUGCUGCCAUUGAAUUUACCACCAAUACAUCAGUGAUUAGAACUCUGAGCAGCCUCCACGUGGAUUUCAGAACCAGGGAUGAAGAUGCUGUUUUGCUUCGGGCUGUGGAAGAAGUGGAUUCCCUCCAGAUAGCCAUUAAGAACUCCUCCCUGCUUGUUGACAUCAGGAGUGGGAAUAGCAUCGAAGGCGUCAGCUUCCUGAGUCAGAAGUCUGUCACGGACGGUGCCUGGCACACCAUCUCUGUGUCUAUGGAAGAGCCAUCUGCGCUUUCUUCCAGAUGGCUGGUUCGUUUGGAUGGGUCUGUUAAUAUGACUCUGCAGGGAAAUGCUGGGAACUUGGACUUCCUAAAGAACAACGCACUGAUUGUUCUAGCUGAAAAUUUCACUGGCUGCCUAGGACAAGUGAAGAUAGGGGGGAUCUACCUGCCAUUCACUGCCCAGCUCUCGUACCCCCAGCCAGAACAGUUCCAGCAGUUCAGCAGAAGGACCAUCCAGCUGGGCUGCACUGGGGCUGAUGUUUGCGCUUCUAGCCCUUGCCUCAAUGCUGGCACCUGCGAGGACUUGUUCAAUUCCUUCAGCUGUGCCUGCAGUGCUGGCUGGGGGGGGCUGCUGUGUGAGUCUAACCUUGAUGACUGCCAGUCAAGCCCAUGUGUUCACGGGGACUGUGUCGAUGCAGUAGCAGAUUUUCAGUGUGAAUGCUUCCGGGGAUACAUUGGGAAGAAGUGUGACAUCAACGUCGAUGACUGUGUGCGGCACCAGUGCCUAAAUGGAGCCACCUGCAUUGAUGGGGUUUAUGGCUACUCCUGCAAGUGCCCUCCUCAGUAUUCGGGACCUCGCUGCGAAUGGCCGUUCCCACCUGAGCAAUGCGGUAAGAACUUCACCUGUCUGAACGGUGGCAAGUGCAUCAGUGAGAGCUGGGGAGCCAACUGCACUUGCAAGCCAGGUUUCACUGGAAGGAAUUGUCAAAUUAAUAUAAACGAGUGUGAUCCAAACCCUUGCCAGAACGGAGGUACGUGUCGAGACUCUGAGAACAAAUACGAGUGUUUGUGCAGUGCCAGCUACACGGGAGAGCGCUGUGACAUUAACCAGCCAGUGUGGGCGCAUCUUAGCAACUCCUCCGUUGUGGGAGCAGUCGGGGCUGCAGGGGCUGCCCUUCUCCUUGCAGUUGUUGCAGCCACGGCGAUUGCCAUGAAGAGGAGGAGAGCAACUCGGGGAACGUACAGCCCAAGCCGUCAAGAAAAAGAUGGGGCUCGAGUGGAGAUGUGGAAUGUAAUCAAGAUGCCACCAACCGAGAGACUGAUAUAAGAACUGGGGUCACACAACAGGUGCUGUGUCAUCCUUUAACAAUCAAGGAAAUGCUGCAGCAUCUCUGUCUUAGGUCUUGAGAUGUGUUUUUGUAGGACAGGUCUGUACUGCUUUAAGCUACUCCAUAGACUACAGGCAACUGCCUGCUGUU